UAUGGCGGUAUCGUACACAAACCCUGUUGAGUAAACUGUAAACCAUCAAGACCCCCGCUAUCAUAAGUCAUAACAGCACUUUUAAGCUCUCUGAGCUAAUUUCACAAACACCUGGUGUGCGUUUUGCUGAUCAUCCAUGAAAGGAAGCAAAACAGCUGUAUCUGUCGUUGAAAAAUGCAAGACUAUAUUGACAUCAAAUUGGCAAGGGAAUCUCAAUACCAUCAUGGCUGACGCUCAAGGAAGCAAAGGGGAGAUUUAUACGUCGAAAGUUAAUUACUUCAUUAAGAAAGGGAAGCCGUACUUAUGGGUACCCGAAGAGGACUUGCACAAUGUGAAUACUAUCAUCGACGAACGCGGAUCAUUUGCUGUGGCCACACCUUUUCCAGGCCCGCUUUUAAACAUACUCCGGUCAAUGAAAAAGUUACCACCUCGAGUUGCUCUAAUGGGAGACAUUGUUCCUCUUAAAGAUGAAAAGGUUCAGUUAGCUACAGAAUGCCUUAGAGAAACCAUAACUUCUGAACAGAAAGCAUUUAAGGAAUCUAGCUAUUCAGUUUCUGGUGUAUUAAGCACUGCCAAUCUGGAGUCCACUUCAAGAAGCCAAAAUCUUCAGGAUCUCCUUGAUAGCAAUAAAAGCUACACAGUAUAUAAGUUGGAUUUAAGCUCAUGUACUUACAUAGACAGCAACGGAAGUACCCAUGAAGUAGAUUUGGAGACAAUUAGAAAAACUAAAGCAGACGCUCUAUCACCUUUCUCUAUGAGUUUAAUCGAUGGAAUUAAUCAAAGUGAAGCAAGGAGGAGAGCACUGAUCUUUUUCUGCAUCACAUAUUUAAAUAAGAAUGUCAAGGACGCGUUAAUGCUCUCUGCCGAUAGGAAAGGCUUUGACGUUCUAGGCAAGACUCUUGGGCCAGUGAUGAAUGAUGGUUCCCGUCAGUACCUGUGGGAAGAACUCAGAUUUGAGCUCAAUGAAGAAGCAAAAGAUAUUGAAUCAUUCUGUCAACAGCUUGUCUCAAUGGAAGUGGAGGCCCUUAAAACUGUCUCCAAGUUCAGUGGUAUAUGAUGCGCAUAGCCAUAUUCAUACCAGUAGUGGCCUAUGAGAAUGAGACAUGAUGUCUGCAAAAUUGAGGUAAGACUGGAGAAUUAGAUUAAUUUUGCCAAAAUAGUUGUAUGCUUCUGUCUUUGUAUACUACAUUUAUGAUUGUGUUUUUUUGAAAAAAACUUCCGAUCCUUGAAAUUUCUAAUCAAUUCGUCCAAGCCAGUUUUCUUAGGUUCAGCUCUCACAGAUAUACACGGUCAUGGACCUUUGGAUAUAUGAUUUGGUGGAAUUGGCUUGGGUUGUGAAACUGGUGUACCAUAAAUUUUACAGUUUAAGAUUUUCUAUUCACUUCAUUGUGCUAAGUCUGCAAAUUUGUCUGGUGGCUGCAAUACUCCAGAGAGAUUUACAAGUAUAGGAAAGGAUUCAAAGUGAUGAUCAGUACACAAUAAAAGCUAUGAUCUUGUACCACUAUUUUUUUAAAGCCGGAUUUCAACACAAUAUCAUAUUCUCAUGCAUGAUUCGUAAA